GUCUUUAUAUCAAUAUCGAGCAAUAAUGUACGCGUUCCUCAGACGACAACUGGAAGAAAAAUGCAUAUCCCUUCAACUCGAAACGACACCGGCCGAACCCGCUAUAAGUAUGAAUAUUAGUCCGAAAUUUUUGAAAGUUCUACAAUUGUCGUUUGAAGUAAAGUACAUGGAUGAAGACAUUACCCUUACUGAGAAGAGAGACAAAAUCAAAACGAUAGAGGAGAGAAUGGGUGUAUUAUUGUAUCAUAAUGUAAUCCAACGUGAUGUUCCAACGGAUCCAAAAUUUGAUGAUAUUGUUGCUUUAGCGACAGCUUAUUACAACGUAGGCUUGAAAUAUGGUAUUUAUACGGAUACUGACGAUUUAUCUAAUGCUGUACAGUGUUUUUCAAGAUGUGUGGACAUUUUAAAAGAAAAAAUAUCGGACCGUAAAGCUAUAUUGACAUCUAUAGGCGCGCUUAACGAAUUGUAUUCAGUUCAUGAGAAAAUGGACAAAAAGACUGAUAGCGCAUUGAAUACACUGAAUAGAGCAUUGAAAAUAUAUAUGACAUACACACAGGAGGAGAAUUAUCCCGAUCCCAUCUGCAUAGCAAGUUUUGUUGGUAUUAAAGAAGAAGAAUCGAAUCCUAAAAUUAUCUUGAACACUUUACAUCAUACAACUUUACAGAACUUAAGACUUCAAUAUCUUAUAAGGCCGAUAGAUAAGCACCUAUUUGUACACUACCUGAACAAGGAAUUAAACACACGAUUGACAGACAUAGUAUCUAACGAAACAAAAUUUGAUGAAAAAUGUCUUGAUAUGGCCUUAACUUUAUUUGAGCUUUCUAGAUACUUUCUAGCAAACGGUCGUUUCACUGAAGCUAAAAGUCACAUUGCUAUUGGAGAUUAUGUAAUAUUCAGACUUACUGCAGAGUUAUUGAAAGCGGAAGAGAAGGAAAGGAGAGGAAAGAAAGGAAAGAAAGCUUGCUAUGCCAUUGCUGUUAAUGCUAAAUCUUGGGGUUCCUAUGGAGUUUCUCUUUUACGUUUCUGGAUGGAACAAUUCUCACAAAAUAAAGGAAAUCACAAAUCUUCUGAGAUACAAGAUCUUAUGUCAACAUUAGAAAUAAAAUCUGAAAAAUCAAAUUUAAUAUUUUCUGACUUGUUAGAAAAAGAAUUGGAAGGUAUGAAUAUUCAGUUUACAGAAACAUGUAUAUUAAAUUUGGCUGAUGCCAAAUCGGUUUUUAUAAAAACUUUGAGACAAUUUGAAAAGGCGAAAGAACAUUUUACUCCAGACACUGACACUGUAACUUAUGCAAAUAUAAUACUUGAAAUUUCGGAUACAUAUAAAUAUUUAGCAGGUUUUGAAGAACAAAGAGAUAAUCAAAUAAAACUACAUAAAAGGCGAGUAAAAUUGUUAGAAGACGCUGGUAAGAAAUUUCCUACAAUAAUUAAGGAUGAUACAGAAUUACAAAUUUACAAACGGAUUUGGUACGAAGUGGUGACUUCAUGUUCCAUGGUUAUGGAUUUAAUGGUCGAGAAAACGUAUUACGACGGAUUAUUUAAAGAGGUGUCAACAAAAGCCGAUCAAUAUAUGAAAAUGCUCGCAGAAAAUAGUGGUUUUUAUUUAAAUACGGUUUAG